CAAUCAUCGGCCCUAGAGAGGUUGCAGCUCCGAGGGUGCCUCGGCUCGUAUCAUACCGCGUGGAAACCUGGUGCUGCUUAUGCUCACAAUGGCGAUGCGCCAGCGUGCAAUAACCGGUGCAUUGUUAGUCCUGCGCCGGAACUGCGAGGGUGCAUGUAUGUAGCUCGGGGACUUCCUUGGGCUAUCUGUCGCUAUAUCAUAUCGCCGUCUGGUUUCAGUCGUUGGUCUUGAUCACUCCGACAUCGUCUUGUACAGUGGCGAAGAUUGUGAGCGAGUUAAUUGGGACUUCUCAUCAGCAUGUCUUGUAGGUAUUUUCCUAACCAGCUCUUGGUCGACACUUCAAGUUCCGUUGAAUGGACUGCUUUGACGGGACAGUGUGUUGUAUCAUCGCCGUGUCUUUAAGGAAGUCGAAGACGUAGCGUUAGCAGCAGCGGCAGCAGGAUGACCACCAAGGUGCAACUAACAUCAAUGCUAACGACGUUUCAGUGUUUUCGCUCCCCACGGCGAUAGCCACACCCGCAAUCCUCUCGACGCUGGCUUGGCUCGACGCCAAAUACCACAUACGCACCGACUUCGACCUGAUUUCCAAGUUCAUGACCGUUAGCUUCAAGGGCCGAGCCCUCGAGCGCGCUGACCGCAUUAGCACCUUCUAUGUACUUGAAGACUGGGCCCUCAACAAGGACCAUGCCAAUCGUAUUUUCCUUAAGUUCAAGGGCAAGAGCUGGACGUACCGCCAGGCAUACGAGCUCGCCCUCAAGUAUGGCACGUGGUUCAAGCAGAAGUACGGCAUCAAGAAGGACGAGAUAGUGGCAAUGGACUUUGUCAACUCAGAUAUCUAUAUCUGGGUCUGGUUUGGCCUCUGGAGCAUCGGUGCGAAGCCAGCAUUCAUCAAUUACAAUCUGACGAAUCGCCCGCUUAUCCACACGAUUAAGACGAGCACGGCGAGGUACUGCUUUGCCAUGGAGCAGUUCAGGAGAGAAAAGUACGAUGGCGAGGUUCUGGACGAGCUGAGCGGGCCCAACUUUCGUGACGCUGGAGGGCCAGUUGAAGUCGUUUUUCUCGACGCAGCAACGAGGGCGGAGAUCGAGGCCGUAAUGCCAGUCAGAGCCCCAGACUCCGAGAGAGGUGGCCAGCAGCUCAAAGGAAUGGCUCUGCUUAUCUACACAUCCGGCACCACUGGUCUCCCCAAGCCGGCCAUUGUUAGCUGGUCAAAGGCUUGCAUGGCCGGUUGGUUUGUCUCAAAGUGGUUGCCAAUAAAGCCAGAGGAUACGUUCUACACAUGCAUGCCACUCUACCACUCCUCGGGCUCUCUCCUUGGUAUGACCUCAGCACUUCGUGCUGGUGCGUCCUUCUCUCUGGGCGAACGUUUCCACCGCAAAGGUUUUUGGGAUGACUGCCGCGCCACUGAUGCAACCAUCAUUCAAUAUGUUGGUGAAACUCUACGGUACUUGCUUUCUGUUCCACCUUCCCCGUCCGAUCGCAACCACAAAGUUCGCACUGCCUUUGGUAAUGGCUUGCGCCCCGAUGUCUGGCCCGUUUUCAAGGAGCGAUUCGGUAUCGAGACUAUCGUGGAGUUCUAUGCCGCAACCGAAGGUCCUGCUGCUCUUUGGAACAAGAGCAAGAACAAGUACACAGAGGGUGCUGUUGGCGUCUCCGGUAUUCUGAACCAGCUCUUGGGUGCACCUGCACAGGUCAUCCUCCUUGACUUCGAAACUAAUGCUCCUAUCCGUGACAAAAAGACCGGACUGUGCAUACCCGUGAAGCCGGGUCAGCCGGGAGAGCUGAUCUACAAGCUAGACGAGAAGGAGAUUGACGCUACCUUCCAAGGAUACUUUGGCAACAACAAAGCUACGUCCAGCAAGAUCCACCGGGAUGUACUGAAGAAAGGCGAUGCGUACUUCUCGACGGGCGACCUGCUGCGCAAAGACUCUGAGGGCCGCUGGUACUUCUGCGACCGCAUUGGCGACACGUUCCGCUGGAAGUCGGAGAACGUAUCCACGGCCGAGGUUGCAGAGGUCAUGGGCCGCAUCUCGCUCAUCAACGAAGCAAACGUCUACGGCGUGCAGAUUCCCGGCCAUGACGGGCGCGCGGGUUGUGCCGCCCUCGUGCUCCAAGACGAGCAGAAGCCACUCACUGAGAGCGAGCUCGCAGAAAUUGGGGCCCAGGCCACGAAGGGUUUGCCUAGAUAUGCCGUGCCCAUCUUCCUCAGAGUGCACAGAGGCGACGCAGCGGCUGCGAACCGCACAGGCACGAUGAAACAGCAGAAGACCGUAUUAAGAAACGAGGGCGUGAAUCCGGCUCUCGUUUCUAAGUCAGGAGAUGAACUCUUUUGGCUGCCGCCCAAUUCAAAAGCAUACCAGAGGUUUGGCGAAAAGGAAUGGAAUGCCCUUGGUGCAGGCACUGUGAAGCUAUGAGCGGGCCUUUUGCGCAAUUCAUAAAUUUACCAGGCUCGCUAUACUGAAGUAGAUUAUGGAGUAAGGGGCUUGCUCCUAUGAUGUUUAACUCAGAGAAAAAAAAUUAAAAAUUGUGUAUAUAUAACAUUGUAGAUGUUCGAUUAGCUAACGAUUGAGUAUCGAUGA